UUAUACCAUAUUAAAGGCGGAGUAGGAUAGAGAAGUUUAUACAAAAUUUAAAAUAAAAAAAAUUAAAUGGGAAAGGGAUUAUUUGGCGAGCCAUUUAGGAGCAUAAUAUGGAGUCCUCCAAUGUAUCGUGAAUGGUCUGCUUCCACUGCUCUUUUGGACUGGUUUGAAUCUCCUAAUGCUCAUUUCUUCAAAAUUAAUGUUCCAGGAUACAAUAAGGAUAACGUAAAAUUGGAGGUAGAUGAAGAGAAUGUUCUCCACAUAAAAGGGGAAGGAGGAAAAGAGGAGUCACAGGGCAAAGAUAUCGUAUGGCAUGUAGCCGAAAGAGGUGGUAAGGGGAACUUCUACCGGCAAAUUGAGCUACCGGAAAAUGCUAAAGUGGAUCAGAUUAAAGCUCAGGUGGAAAAUGGUGUGUUAACUAUCGUUGUUCCUAAGGAUAAUAAUCCUAAGCCUUCUAAAGUUCGAACCAUCAACAUCUCUAGCAAGCUUUAAAGAUUAAUUUGAUGUUGUAUAUCUUUAGCUUUAGCUAUAAAAUUAAGUAUAAAUCUAUAUAUCAUAUAUGAUGUAUUGUGUUUUGAACUACUACUUCAAGUCUUCAUGUAAUAGUUUCAAUAAACUUAGGUGAAGUUGGCCCAUUAGAUGAAAUUUUACAAUGUUUUCAUAGACUGUUUUA